CUUCGAGCGUGUCGUGAAAUCUUCAAAGCUUAAACCGACCCAAAUAUGGCAGAGGCUGACCGACCAGGGAAGCUCUUCAUUGGUGGCCUGGACACUGAAACUAACGAGAAGGCCCUUGAGAAGCAUUUCAGCAAAUAUGGCAGAAUAGUAGAAGUUCUGUUGAUGAAAGACCGUGAAACGAACAAAUCACGAGGUUUUGCUUUUGUGACCUUUGAGAGUCCGGCUGAUGCAAAGGAUGCUGCGCGUGAAAUGAAUGGGAAGUCACUUGAUGGUAAGCCAAUUAAGGUUGAACAAGCAACAAAACCUCAGUUUGAGUCAGCAGGCAGACGCGGCCCACCGCCCAUGCGUGGCCGCGGCCCCCCUAGAGGUCCUAGAGGAUCUAGAGGAGCACCAAUGAGGGGUCCACCAUCCAGAGAACCCUUUUUCAAAGGGAUUUCGUCCAGAGGUCCCCCACCACUGAAAAGGGGACCUCCGAUUCGUAAUGGAGGCCCCCCACCCAAGAGACAUGCUCCUUCUCCGAUGGGCAGACCUUCCAUGUCUAGGGACAGGGAUCCCUAUGGCCCACCCCCUCCCCGCAGAGACUCAAUGUCCAGAAGGGAUGAUUACCCAUCACCAAGAGAUGAAUAUUACAGCACAAAGGACAGCUAUUCUAGCCGGGAAUAUGUGAGUUCCAGGGAUACAAGGGACUACGCACCAACACCACGGGACUAUCCGCCAAGGGAUUAUCCCCAAUCCAGUUCCCGCGAUGAAUAUGGGUCAAUGUCAAGGGGCUACAGUGAUGGUUAUGGUGGAGGCCGGGAACCCAAAAGCUAUAUGGAGCGCCCUAGUGGAGCCUCUUAUCGAGAGCCCUACGAUGGUUACGGUAAGAUUGACCACUUAAGUGUAAUGGCAACAAGUUGCUGUAGUCUCGCAACCUGAUCAAUGUGGCCCUGGGAUUUUGUGAUCGUAUAUGCAUCACGAGUCGAUGGAAACGCCCAACAAAGCUUCUUGACCAAUCGUUGUUCGUUCGACAGUGUCACAAAGUAAUCCCUCAAGGAAUCAUGCACAUAAGUCUGUUUUUGGGGGGUAAAACGACCCUCACAAAACCAUCAAGACCUCACUGAAAAAAACGUGUGACCAAUGUGCGACUCAAACAACUGGAAUUCUAAAAGGAAAAAAACAGCUACUCAACAAAACAUGGCAUGCUGAAAGGGGUUUCAUUGCGUAUUUUAUGUUCCCCCAAGCUUGGAUAAAUAAUCUGCCAAAGCAUCUAAAUGUUCAGUGUAAAUUUUUGUUCAGAUCCCUAGCAUAUUGGAGAUUUAAACAUAUAGUUGCUAUUGAUUGUCAUUAAGAAAUACUCACGGAAAAGAUUGGCUCAUAACAAUUCAGCAAAGUGUGUGAAGUGAAACUUGCCAAUUACCUGACCCAUUGACCCUGCAGGUAACUCACGCAGCGCCCCACCCUCAAGGGGCCCCCAACCAUCCUACAAUGGCAGUGGCGGAAGCAGUCGCUAUGACGACUAUGGAAGCAGUUCCCGGGAUGGCUAUGGCAGUCGUGAAAGUUACCCCAGCAGUCGGAGUGAACCAUACCCUCCUAGCCGUGGUGAGCGAAUGGGCAAGCAGGAGCGGGGGCCAGCACCCCCAAUCGAGAGAGGCUACCCCCGUGAAGCGUACAGUGGCUCAAGUCGCGGGGCGCCCCGUGGUGGCCGCGGAGGCAGCAGAGUCGAUAGAGGAAUUGCCCGCAGCAGAUACUGAGAUGGACUUGGAUAUGACAUCAGAGCGAUCGUUACACAAUGCCUGCUCAUUCACUACUUGUAUAGUGAGGGGAAAAACUAGGGAUGUCAAAUUCCGUGGACAAGCUUAGGUUUUGAGCUGUUUAUCCUCAGCCUGUCAAUUUCUUUUUCGUUUUAAGUGUUAAAAUUACUUGUUUUAUAUUUCCCGGGCCCAUGUGAUACCAUUGCCAAGUGAUGAGUGUUUAGUUUUUGUACAUUUAGUGCUGUUAUGUCCUGCUAUAGUCUUGGAUAUGGCUUUCAUACACUAAUAAAGUUUUUAACCAAAGACCUUUCGCAACGCUAAUGGAUGUUCAGAAAGAGACCAGAAACUGACAUGAAUGUACACCCAUAUCCCAGCGCACAUCUACAAGUUCUGUCCACUAGAGAUCAGUUGAGAUGCAGUUAACUGUGAAGCUUGUAGAUAACACUUAACAGUCCUGUACUUUCAGUCGACCAACCGGUUGUCUGAGGACAAAGCAAAUGUCACUUUCCAAACUCUUCAUCGGUGUAGAUUUCUCUGGGAUAUGGAUCCUUCACCAUAGAGCCAAACAAUGGUGGCUUGCAACGACCUAACCAAAGAAAGACCCCAACAACAACCAAACGCAAGAGUCUUUUCAACACGACUGAUAGUGUCAACAGCUGGUAAGCAAAGCAAACCUUUUUGUUUCUCGUCUGUGAAAUGAAUUUCAUGCCCGUAAAUUAGUCUGCCCAAAUGGUUGGUGUGCGAGCCACUGGGUGCCCCAGGAAAUGAAACAAUGGCGUUCAAUUUAAAUUGUCUUAUUUCGUCAACCAAAUUGAUAUCAGCAACUUAAGGAGUUAUAUUUCGCUUGAUAAAUUAUGACUUUGCCACUAAACCUAGGUUAAGGGUCAACAGGUAACUUGUCAACCAUGUGCAGAAUCGCAAGAGGAGAUCACCUUUGCCGGAGACAAUAACUUUUUUUUUCUUCAACUUAAAAGUAUGGCAAAUUAGGUAAUUUUUUAUUUUACUAUGGUGCAAUAUUCAUAAGCUAUCUUUGUUUUUGUGUACGAUGGAUUUAACUUUCUAUUUUUAGUAAGAGGUGUAGUCAAAGCUCAUCUUGUCACAAGCAUGCCGACUCUCACAAAUGGAGACAACUCGGAAGGCCAGCCACGUCCUAACAACCAAACUGGAAAGUGAAUGGGAGCGAGAAAAUCAAAUCGGACCAUUGACUUAUUUUCAAGGGAAACUGGCGGGUUGGAUUAUCAACUUUCUGUAAUACAAAAUCAAAGAAAUGGCAGGACAUUAAUUUAUAUUUUCUUGUUUCAGGAUGAGCUCUAAUGGAUCAGUCUUCUGGAACUGUUGCUGAUUCAAGCUUCCUGUUUGACCAUGUUGAUGUUGGAUCAUCGCACAGAGAACCGAACGGGUACCUGUGCUGGCACCGCUCCCAAUUACCACUAAGAGUGGCAGGUGCCUGCAUGGAAACAACCAACAUCAUUGGACACAAGCCAGGCAGAGAAAUGAGACUCAAAAGGAAGGUCAUUCUAAUACCUGGUUUCAAAAAUAAAAAUAAAAAAAACAUUUGGGACAGCGACAGUUAAGAAUUUAUACCUUUCCCAAAAGCACAAUUUUGCUGAGCCACAUUUGUGGUAGGCAUCUAUUACAGAAAUCUAGAUUAUGGAAUGUUUCCUUGCCAGAUAACAUGAUUUUCUGUUUCCUGAUGUUAUUGCAUUGGAAUUGGAAGCACAUGCGCACACAACCAUAGCUCAGAAUUCUCCAGUGUCUCCCAGGUGUGUACAGGUCUGAUGGACCCACAACAUUAUUGGUUUAAAACAAUAUACUUAGAUGUUGACUUAUCAAUUACAAGUAAUGUAGACCAUACAUGGUUAAUUGACAUUUACCUCUGCUAGAUCACAUUUAUCAAUAAAACUGCUAUUUGUUUUUUGUGAUUUUUGCAAACCAAAAAUCUAUAAUCGAGACAUUGGUGGAAUGAAUCAAGUUUAUCUUGAACAAAUAUAAAUGAUUUACUAUUGAUGUUUAUUGCUUUGAACUGAACAAAUUGGAAGGACACAUUUUACAUACAGUAUUUUAUGGGAACGAUAAAUGAGCCCCACUGAACAUAAAUAAUUAAAGCCGGUCUACAUACCAAGCGGGACAGUU